UGCAUAUGCUCCCAAUUCUAAUUUGUAACCCCCACCCCUCUUUUCCACUUUGCUUCCCUUUCCAUUACACCAAACUACACUUUAAAUCCUUCACAUUUCUGAGGAUUUCUCUCUUCAAGCCCAUUCAUCAAUGGAUUAUCUUCAUCUCUUCUUGUUGACACUUGUUUUCAGUUCCCUGUGUGAUUUUUCUCAAGAAAUGUCAACUGUAACUGCAAUCGAGAAAGAUCGAGUUUCCUGCAAAAUGUGUUCUUCCUGUGACGAUCCAUGUCAACCCAUUUUUUCUCCUCCACCACCACCAUCAAGUGUGCUCAAUUGUGCUCCUCCACCUUCACCACCCAAUGGUGUUGGUGGCGGUGGUGUAUAUUACUACUCACCACCUCCUCCAGCUAAUCCAUCUUAUUAUCCACCUACAGACCCUUAUGGUUACACCACUCCGCCACCACCUAACCCUAUUCUUCCAUACUUCCCUUUCUACUACUACAACCCGCCACCAGCUUCUCAUUCGGACUCCAAAUCCGUGCAACUGAAAACUCACUCCACUGUUUCUUCCCUCGUUGUUAUUCUCUCUCUUCUCCUUUUCCUUUGAAUUCCAAAAAUAAAACCAAACACCUAUAUUAUUAUCAUUAUUUUCCCUAAUUUCAAACCUCAUUUUCAGGUUUGCAAAUUACAGAGAUGACAACAACAAGAAGAAGAAACCGGGAAUAUAAUUCGUCAGGAUUGCUCUAUGUAAUUUUCUCAUUUCUAUUAUUCAUUAUUUGUAUAAUAAAAUGUCCAGAUUACAUUUUUCAGUUUCAAAUUUUAUCCAAUAUUUUUUAUUUAUACUUUUUUCUUUAUGGGGAGGUGGUUAGAAGUAGAAGAAAUGGUUGUUCAUUACCAGAGAUUGAGAUUCAUUUUGGAUGUGCCGCACAUGCUAUUCGUCAAUUUUUUCUUAUUGCGAGAAAAAAAAUACAUAAAUGGAAAUUGGUGAUGAUGGGCCAUUAGCAUGACACAAAUUGAUGGCCACCUCAAUAAUUUUGUAAUGACAACUCCCAACGUGUGAGUUGACCCUAUUAUUUCCUAAGCCUAAUUCUUCAGGCUUAACUCUUCUUCUCA